CGCGCGCCGAAUGGCGCGAAUAUUGACGUUUUUUUGACAGAACUGGUUGUUUUGCACCCGAAGUUAUUAUUUUUAUAUUUUCUAAAUAAAUAAUUAUAGAUAAUGGUGUGAAUUUUAAGAACAACAAUCAUGGGUAUAACGGGUUUAUUACCUUUUAUAGAAAAAGCCUCUGAGCGAAUUAAUGUUAGUGAAUUUAAUGGUUGUACAGUGGCAAUAGAUUCAUAUUGCUGGCUUCACAGGGGUGCCUUUGCUUGUGCUGAAAAACUGGUACGAGGUGAAGAGACUGAUAUGCAUAUAAAAUACUGUUUGAAAUUUGUGACUAUGCUGCUGUCUAAGAAUAUCAAACCUAUCUUAGUAUUUGACGGAAGGCACUUGCCUGCUAAAGCUUUAACUGAAUCCAAAAGGAGAGAGUCUCGAGACAUAUCUAAGAAAAGGGCAGCUGAGCUAUUAAGUCUUGGAAAGAUUGAGGAAGCCCGUAACUACAUGAAGCGUAGUGUGGACAUCACUCACUCUAUGGCUUUAAGUCUCAUCAAGGAGUGUAGGAAACGCAAUGUGGACUGCAUAGUGGCGCCUUAUGAAGCUGAUGCACAACUAGCCUAUUUGAACAUAAAAAAUAUUGCUCAAGUAGUCAUUACUGAAGAUUCUGAUCUCAUAUUGUUUGGGUGUAAAAAGGUAUUAUUCAAAAUGGAUCUCGACGGUGUCGGCACUCUAGUUGACACUACUAAACUACCCUUAGUAAUGAAGUGUCCCAUAGAGCGCUAUACAUUUGACAAGUUCAGACAGAUGUGUAUCAUGUCUGGCUGUGACUAUUUAGCUUCUCUGCCUGGCAUAGGUUUAGCAAGAGCUAGACAAUUUGUGACUGCUACUCAGGACUCGGAUUUUGCUAAUGCAUUAAAAAAGCUGCCAAGUUUCCUGAAUAAAUCCUCAAUAGUUGUAACAGAUGAGUACAGAGAGAAUUUCAUGAAAGCUGAAGCUACAUUCAAACAUCAGUACGUUUACGAUCCUUUGGAGAGACAAAUGGUCAGAUUGACAGAUCCUGAAAAUGAAGAUAUAGAAAAAGCGUUCUGUGUCAAUGCUGGUGAACUAUUGAACCCCGACAUAGCGUUUCAACUGGCUCUCGGAAAUCUAGAUCCUUUUAGUUUAAAGAAAAUGGACGACUGGCAUCCAGAUUUUUGUAGCAAUCAGAAUGAACCAGUAAGAACAAAUAACUGGAAAGAUACAGGAGUAUCGCCACAUCCCAGUAUUUGGAAAAAAGAGUUCCUAUCUUACCUCGACGAUUUAACUCCUUGGUCGAAAAAGGAAAAGAAAUCUGAACCAGUAUUUGCAAUAACAAUCACUAGGCCUAAGAAAGUGGUGCAACUAAGUAGUAAAUUCGUUCCUGAAACUCAGCUCGAUGAAAGUUUGUCAAUAGAAACAUUAAGCACGAUGUACUGUACAGAACCUGCUAGUAAGAAACAAAAGACAGACUGUGAUAACAACCAUAUUGACCUCACACAAUACUCCGAAAACGUACACAACCAACAAAUAAAUGAUGAAGAAAUCACAAACAAUAGCACACACAAAGAAAAAUCACCCAUAUUAGAAAAUAAGGAGAGAUCAUUUAGAAAAUGCCUUAAAAAAACUGGCAGCUAUUCCGUCCUUAAAAAACUGAGCAGUUUUCCUAGAACAGUUUUAGACAAUAAUGUGGUAGAAAGUAAGUUCUUCUCUGCGGAACCAAGUAUGAGUGAUAACAACUUGUCUCGAGAAAGCAUAACUAUCGAAGAAUCUCCGGAAAACAAAAGAAGGAAUCCGUUUAAAAAACAAGCUCCCAUAAGUAUUACAAUACCUGAUUCUGAAAUUCCCUUAGAAGAAAAUUCGCAAAAGGAGAAUUCUCCAGGCAAUAUUAGUCCGAAAUCUAGUAGUCCUAUAUUACAAGUUAGUCCUAUAUGUAGGAAUAGUGUGAGAGAAGUGGAUGUAAAUGUAAUAGAUAAUACGGCAAGUGAAGAAUCUGUGAUAGAAAAUACUUAUCCUUUGGAAACUUUGAUAACACCUACAGCCUCUCAGUCAUCUUUCGGCGCAUCACCAACGAAAUGGAGAAAUUCCCAAUCACAAUCGUUCUAUGGUAGCCAGACUAAUAAACCAAGGAACAAUUUAAAUAGCUUCAAAAAGUCUGCACCUAGGCAGAAUGGGAUCAAGAAAUCGCCGCCUUUGCCUAGUAAUCAACCUACGUUGCUCGGCAAGUUUGGUUUUCAGAAAAAGCCCGUUUUGAAAAGAUGCUGAACGUCAGAAGAAACUACGAAAAGUAUUUUACAUAUAUAAAUUAAGUAUCAAUCAAGACUGUCUGCAUUUUGAAUGUAAGGCUAGCUCGCAUACUGUCGAAAUGUAUGCCUCAAAUAUACACCGUUACUUUUUUAUCGUUUUAAUCUCGAAGACCUUGCAAUAGGUAUCAUAAAGCCCCCCUUCAGCAUGUUAGAUCAAAGAAAUAAGUGAAGAAUAAAAUCUGCUGUUUCAUACAUUAUUGACCGAUAGAAUUAAUUAUCUUUGUUUUUUUUUUCGCUUAUUUUGUUGAUCUAACAUGCUGAACGAGCUUUACUCAUGAUACCUUUUAUGAGGUUUUCGGGAAUAAAAUGAUAUAAUCGUUACAGUGUAUAUGUAAUACAUAUUUGAAAUUCAAAAGCAGCUAUAGUUACGUGUCUGGCUAGACCCAAGUGUUAUUAUUUUAAGUUAAGCAUCUGAGAUGUGCAUUUAAUUUAUGAAUUAUGUUAAUAAAUUGAGUACAAUGUUUAUGACGGAAGCAGCUAUAAACACUGCAUUUAUUGUUGACUGUAAUUAUGUUUCUAUUUAGGAAUGGUUUUGUAAAUAAAAUCGUUUCUAUGAAUAU